UUCUUCUCUGCCUCACGCCUGCUUCCGAUUAGCGCCUAUAUUAGAUUGCUCGUUCUUUUCCUUCACGCAUUCUCAGCCACAUAGACAAAUAGACACCCAAGACCAUCCCAACUUCCCGUCGAGCCCAACCCCGCCAUGAACAUGAUGCGCACCAGAAGAACCAACACCGCGCCGUUGGAAGACGCCUCCACCGCGCCAGAGACCUUCAACGACGGACUCCCCCUCCCGAAGCUCAUCGCCUUUGAUCUGGACUACACGCUCUGGCCUUUCUGGGUCGAUACGCACGUCAGCGCGCCCGUCAAGCCGCGCGACAACAACUCCCGCUGCACAGACCGAUGGAACGAAUCCUUCGCCUUCUAUCCCGCCGUCUCGGCCAUCGUCUACGCCUGCAAAAGCCACUCCAUCCCGCUCGCGCUCGCCUCGCGCACCCACACCCCCGACCUAGCGCGCGACAUGCUCAAGGCCCUACACAUCAUCCCGACCUUCUCCGACAACCCCGCCGCGAAGACCAAGUCCGUUCGCGCGCUCGACUACUUCGACUACAUCCAGAUCUUCCCGGCGAACAAGACGCAGCACUUCGCGCGGAUCCACCAGGCCAGCGGGGUGCAGUACGAGGAGAUGCUGUUUUUCGAUGAUGAGGCGCGGAAUCGCAAUGUGGAGACGGAGCUGGGGGUGACGUUUUGUUUGGUGAGGGAUGGGAUGACUCGCGAGGAGGUCGAUCGGGGGGUGUGGGCGUGGCGGAAGAGGAAUGGGAUUAAGAAGGAGAGGAGUGAGGAGGAGGUUUAAAUUAGAUGGGCUUUUGGGUUGGUGUGUAUAUUGGCGUCUGGUUUGGUUGCGUUGAUUAGAGAUAUGGUUAGAUUUGGAUUUGAUGGUAUAGAUACCCGGAUGGAAGGACAGGAUCGGAUGGGAUAUGACUAGACAUUUGGAUUUAUUGUCCGCUGUACUGUACAUAACACCGAACACUAAAAUAGACACUAG